CAGUCAGCUGAUAUGUGUGCGUUUUCAUCAUGAUAGUUUCCACUUCUGCAUCUGCGCCGCAGUUUAAUGGACCGCCGCGCGUUGCCAGGUUCUUCUGCCACUGGACGGGCGCUGCGGUUUUGACAGACAGCGGAAAACCGCAAAGAGGGAAGAGGACGCAUUCUGGAGGCACUUUUGCACAUGGAUUGAAGUGAUCGGAUCAUUAAAAACAAAAAAGAAAAAGAGGAGAACUUUCUAUAAGAAGAGCGUUGAACUAAUUUGUGUCAUGAGUUCCAAAAAGUUGGUCAAAAAGUGAAGAUUAAGUAAAGCAAACUGAUGCGCGUAAGAAGGGAUGCCAGCCAGGCGUGGCUUGAAUCUGAGUGUCCAAUGUGAGAAUGCGUGGGGAGUAUGUAUAUAUCAGAGUCUUUCCAUUUGAUAAACACAGAUAUCAAACUCAUGAUUAAAGCAAAGGACUAUCAAUAAACUGAGAGGAUUUCCUUGACUUUGGAGGAGCACGGCGCGCCGGGGACGCUCUCUUUUUUUUUUUUUUUUUUUUUUCCCCUUGCGUGCAUGGACCGGACUUGUGUGUAAACUUUUCUCCCUCCACAAGUCGCCGCACAUACAUACAUCUCAAAUGCCUUCGCUUAAUGUGACAGCUGUGCAAACGAUGGCAGAGGUCGGGAGUUUUCUGGGGACGCUCGACUUGGAUUUACAGAGCUUCCCGGCGCUCGCCAGCGCGCCCUUGUCGGAGUCUCCGGCGGGGCUGAGCGAGCGGCUGGGGCAGAUCGAAGGCAGGCUGCAGCAGGGGUCGCCCACAGACUUCGGCCACCUUAAGGGGAUCCUGAGGCGGCGUCAGCUCUACUGCAGGACUGGCUUUCAGCUGGAGAUAUUCCCCAACGGCACCGUGCACGGGACACGGCAGGACCACAGCAGAUUUGGUAUCCUGGAAUUCAUCAGCCUGGCGGUGGGGCUGGUCAGCAUCAGAGGGGUGGAUGCUGGACUCUACCUGGGCAUGAAUGAGAAAGGAGAGCUCUAUGGAUCGAGUAAGCUUACAGCAGAGUGCGUGUUCAGGGAGCAUUUUGAGGAGAACUGGUACAACACCUACGCGUCGACACUGUACAAGCACACGGACACGGGACGCUUCUACUACGUGGCAUUAAACAAGGACGGAUCGCCCAGGGAGGGUGGCAGGACUAAGAAACACCAGAAACUCACCCACUUCUUGCCACGGUCGGUGUAGAUGGGGAAGAUGCCUCGGGCGUACAGAGAUCUGCUCCAGGACAGGUGACCAGCGCUCACACUGGGAGAACUGGUUACAUCUGGAGCCCCAGAGAUAAACAAAGUCGAAGAGGCGGAAGACUAGAGAGUGGGGGUGUUGUGGAUAUUCUGGAUCUUGUGGAGAACUGUUUACCCCUGAGCUCUCACGGAGGUCACAAGUGACCAGGACAUAAACAUUCAGCUCGAUCCUGGAUGUCUUUCGUCUGCCUGGGCUUUGGACUUCAGCGAAGAGGAAACCGCUUCCUCUGUGGAGGACUAAGCAGCUGGGGGUGAAUCAGGAAAACCAAACCAAGAUGCCAGGGUUUUUUUUUUCUCUCUCUCGCACAGACACUUGAGUGACAUGCAACAGCACACGGUGUGGGAGCUUCUUGCGUGUUAAAGCAAAAAAAAAAAAAAAAAAAAAAAACUUAAAAAACUAAAUCUCGUGGCUAGUAAAGCUCCAGGAAGUUCCCUUUUUAGGAGUGCUGCAGACAUUUCUGAUAUGACAUGCAAGAAGGGUUUGGCUUGCUAAGUUUGGUGUAAUCAGGUACUUCACAAUCUGUACGCAGAUUAAAAACUACCAAAAGGCGAACGUCUCAGAUGGAAAAAGAGGGCAACAUCUUUGCAAUGACUGUAGGACUGAUGAAGCACUUACCUAAACAUCCAAAGUCCCAGCUGUGUGUCUGGUUUGAACCUAAACAUCACAUUCAUCACAUUUAAAUGAAAGCGUAAAUUCAGUAGGCUCGGGACGUAAGCACUUCACCGACUGCGGUUUAAAGGAAUAACAGAUACGUUUGGUUAAAGAGUGGCGACUUGUAAUAUUCAGAGUGCGGCGAACAUUAUUAAAGAAAAGAAAAACAAAAACACGCAAGCGUCUUGAGGUGUACAUAUGGGUGUUCCUAUUUAUGAAAUGUACAAAAUAUUUAUUUUCUACAUAUAAAGUAUAAAUGUAAAUCUAUAUAUUUAUUUAUUGCAAAGAGUUUAUUUUGUAAUGAACGUGAAGAUAUUUGGACUGCAGAUUCUACUGAAAUGAGGCAAAAAAAAAAGAAAAAAAAGAGAAGAACUGCAACAGACAUGACAAUAAAAUUGUCCUGCUAUCGAGAACUUACUGUGAGAGACCAUUUUUGCUUGGAUUAAAGUGUGAUGUACUAAUUAAAACCAGAUAUAUUAUG